AUGUCGUCGGAGACCAAAACCAAAGUUGCCCUCAAAGCCUUGGAUAAUGGUGCAUGCUUUUAUCUUGAGAAACCCGUUUCAUCAGAGGAUGCAAGACAAGUCUGGCAACAUGCGAUGCGGAAAAGAAGAUCAAAUGAAACGACACCUGGUGCGAGACCAACCUCUCGUGUUCAUCGAGAAAACAAGGAAGAAAUUUCUGGGAAAGGAGUACUGGAAGUUGUGAAGAUCAACGAGGGAGCUGGCGUGUCAACGGCUAGAAAGGAGGUGGUCAAUGUUGACCCUAAUGAUCCGAACGGGAAGAAGAAAGCGGAAGAUCAAGGAGAGAAUGGUAACGGAGUUGAGGAAAAUCAAGCUAACAUGGAGCCAUUAGGGAUGUCUCAAGGUGGCCAAAAUACUCCAGUGUCAAACAGAAAGGAACCAAAUGCUGGAGCUGAAAAUGAAAAUAAUGGCAGGCUUUUGCCUCAGAGAAUGUUAGCGGUAAUGCGAAUGAAGAGGGUGGUGAGGAGGACAGGAGCGAGAACUGUGCUAAAAAGCAAUGUCUGUCCAUCGGGCCGAUCUGAGAACACUACUAAAAGCGAGGAUUUCUUGAAUGCGUUGAAUGGGUCUGGAUUGUUGAAUAGGGGGUUUUCAGACUCGACGUCGGUGAAUUGCUUGUUGGGUCUCGACGAUGAUGUUGGUAGCGGUGGUGCCGGCGGUGGUUCCGGCGGGAAUCUCGAUUUGGGUGUCAGAGAUUUGGAGGGUUCUCAGAAGAAUGUAAAGCAACAGCAACAAGCGGGACAAGAUGUGCACUCAGUGCCAGAUUCCCCUAUGUUGGAAACGACGUCGUCUUUCGGGUCCACUUCUUCUUCACCUUCUCUCGCGAAUUUGCCUCCGAUUCGGGUUCACGUGGACGACGGGGUGGGUGCUGGUGGCGGCGGCGGCGCUAGGAUGCAGGAUCAGAAGAUGGGGAUCGAAGAACAGUUCGCUCAGAUAAGCGUUGUUGGGUUGCAGAAGCAGCAGGAUGAGGGGUUUGUGGUGCUUUCAUCGCCGCCGCCGAUGCCGACGACCAUUGCUAUAGCCGGAGUACAGGUGAGUGGUGCGGCGGCUUCUGGGGAGUACCUGAAUCGGGUUUUCUCCGAUGAUGAGAGAUCGGACCAUGGGGUGCCGGUUGGAUACCGGAAAUCAGCGGCUCCUCCGUCACAGACGCAAAACCUGCCUCCUCAGCCUCCACAAAAGUCCGGUGGUGGUCACGAUUUGCCUUCUCCUGAUUCAGUUGCAAGUGAUAGUAGUAUGAACAAUCCUCUGUCUCGUCCAAAACCUGUAGUAUAUCAGGAUUCAGUUGUUCAAAUCCCCUCCGGAGUCAGCAGGGUUGCCGGCAACCCUGUUGAUCCGAAGAUCAACGUCUCUGAUCCCAACACCCGGAUUCCGGUUCAGGAUUCUGGGUAUCUUUUACAACCCCAAUUCGAACAACAACAACAACAACAACAACAACCACCACCGCAGCCUCAACCCCAACAGUUUAUACACACUGGUACACAUUACAUACACCAUCACCCAACUGGUGCAGUCCCAAUCCCUGCUUACUACCAUGUAUAUCCUUCCCAGCAACAGCCACACCAUCACAAUCAUCCCCAGCUCGAUCAGCAACAAUACCAGAUGUUCUACUUGCCCACUCGACCCUCCCAGGCUUAUAAUUUACCUGUGCAGCAAUCCAGCAUCAAUGAAGCUGCUGCCACAAUGGCAUCUAGCCGUCCUCAAACAUCUCCUAAUCCUGCAAUGGUUUCAAACUCUGCAGCCUACAACCCUAUGCGAAAUGCUCCUCUGGCUAAACCUGAAAUGGCUGCUGCCGGAGUCUACAGAACUACAGCUGCAGCUCCUCCACAGUUAGUUCAGGUUCCUACCGGACAGCAUCAGCAGCAAUAUGUUGGUUACUCUCAGAUUCAUCACCCAUCGCAGUCUGUUCCUCCUUCAGCCGGAGCUCCUAAUUAUGCCUACGAGUUUGUGGAUCCCGCUCAUGCCCAGAUAUAUUAUACACAACCUCUUGCCCCUGGGGUGCCUUCUCAGUACCAAACCAUGACAGCAGCUGCAGCUAUGGUGUUGCCAGAAGCUUCUUCUCAGCUCCCAACCGAGGCCAUGAAGCAGCAGCAGCAGCAGCAGAUCAGAACAUCACAGCCAUUGUGAAUGCAUCCAGGAAGAUAAGAAAAACAAUUUUGAAGGACGGGUUUGGUUUAUUAUUAUUAUUAUCAUCAUCUUCUUAUAUUUUCUUAUUUAGAGUCUUGUCUUGCUCUGGGUAUUGGUUUGUGGUAUGUAUUUGUGAGUAGACAAUAAGGAACUUUGGUGUUCAAUUACUGUUUUUUUUUUUUUUCUUUUUCUCCCUUUGUAUGUCAAAUUGAUAUUACUGCAUAAGGAAUUAAAAGUGGUCUAAAUAUUAUACUGUAAAACCUUAAACUCUUCUUCUGAAGUAUCGCGUUCUUCGUGUA